UUUAUAAAUGUAAACACAAAGGGGAAACAUGUGACGCGUCGUUUUCUCAGGCAAAUCGCUGAAGCGUUCUCGACUUGUACUUUUCCCACUCUCACACACUCAUCACGAAUCUCUCGCUCAUGGCCGAAUCUCGCCGGAGACGAUGAAGAUUUCGAGCAGAGCUGAGCUCCCGACGGUCGUAUUUUCCAAAGCUCUGAGCGUGGUUCCGGACUCAGAUCUCCUCAACAAGAGGAAGCCGUCUCGCCGGAAAGUCAAAAACCCUAGUUUCUCCGGCCACGGCGUCCGCCUGAGGAGGGACGGAGCCCCGUCGGGGAGGAGGAGCCGACCUGAGACCCCUCUGUUGACGUGGAAGUACGAUGACAGAGAGAAGGAUGCGUCCGCAAAGGAGGAGGACGACGACAAGGAAGUGAAGAAGUUACCGGAAUGCCGUCGGAAAAUUCGUCAGAAAGUGAGGAGACGCCCGGAGGUGACUGUCUCGGCGAGGAAGCUUGCAGCCGGGCUCUGGAGGUUGAGGCCGCCGGAGAUUUAUCCCGACGGCGGUGGUAGAGGGAAGAGCGGGGAUCGGUUAGGGUUUCAGUCCAGUCUGAGCAACAUGGGGAUGUUGGCGUAUCAUCACAAUAGUCGAGCAUAUAACUCUGAGGCAAAGGAUCUGAUACGAAGCUCGCAUUCCUUAUCUGGGCCAAAAAAUGGAUUUCUCUAUAAGCUUGAACCGUCACUUCAGAUUCCCAACUCUGCGAUGGAGGGAGCAACAAAGUGGGACCCUGUCUGCUCAAAAUCAACAGAUGAGGUUCCUCGGUUUUAUAGCCACAUUAAGCUUCUUGACCAACAAGUAGGUGCUGUUUCAGUGAUUUCUGCACUUGAAUCAGAACUUGAGCAGGCUCAUGCUCGCAUUCAAGAGCUGGAGACCGAGCGGCGGUUGUCAAAAAAGAAAUUUGAGCACUUUGUAAGGAAACUCAGUGAGGAAAGGGCCUCAUGGCGUAGCAGAGAGCAUGAGAAAAUUCGUGCAGUAAUUGAUGAUGUUAAAGCUGACUUGAGCCGAGAAAGGAAAAAUCGCCAACGGAUUGAAUUGGUUAACUCCAAGUUGGUCAGUGAGCUGGCUGAUGUGAAGUUAUCAGCCAAGCGAUUUGUGCAAGACUAUGAAAAAGAGAGAAAGGCCAGAGAGUUGAUAGAGGAAGUAUGUGAUGAGCUAGCAAAGGAAAUUGGAGAAGACAAAGCAGAAAUCGAAGGAUUAAAGAGGGAAUCAAUGAAGCUCCGGGAGGAGGUGGAAGAGGAGAGGAAGAUGUUGCAGAUGGCUGAGGUAUGGCGGGAAGAACGUGUUCAAAUGAAGCUGGUUGAUGUGAAGGUGGCUGUGGAUGAGAAGUAUACUCAAAUGAACAAACUUGUAGAAGCUCUGAAGAAUUUUCUCAGGUCAAGAAACGCAAGCCCUGACGGCAAGGAAAUGAGAGAAGCAGAGUUACUUUUGCGAGCUGCUGCGUCUGUGAAUGUUAAAGAUAUCAGGGAGUUUGCUUAUGAACCCCCAAAUCCAGAUGACAUUUUUGCUGUUUUUGAAGAUGUUAAUUGCGGUGAACACAAUGAGAGGGAGAUUGAAACAUGUGCUGCGCACAGUCCUGCCAGCCAUGAUUCCAAAAUUCACACAGUGAGUCCUGAAGUUAAUGUGCUUAACAACAACAGCAGUCAGAGGCAUUCAAAGGCCUUUAUGCAUCAAAAUGGUGAUAUUGAAGAAGAAGAAGACGAAGAAGAAGAAGAAGAAGAAGAAGAAGAAGAGAGUGGGUGGGAAACCGUGAGUCAUCCUGAGGAUCGGGGCUCAAGCUACUCACCUGAUGGGAGUGAUCUGUCUGCUAACAAGGUCCGUCGAAUCAGCAAUGUGUCAAGGAGUGGAACAGAAUGGGAAGAAAAUGUUGGUGAGGAAACACCUGUUACUGAAAUCAGUGAAGUUUGCUCAGUACCAACCAGGCAGUUGAAGAAGUCAUCCAUCUCAAGGUUCUGGAAAUCAUGCCCAAAUAAUGGUGACUAUAAGAUAAUUACAGUUGAGGGAGUUAAAGGCAGGCUCUCAAAUGGUAGGAGUUCCAAUGGGAGCAUUGUCUCUCCAGAUCGAGGCUCAGAUAAAGGAGGGCUUAGCCCCUCAGAUUUCAUGGGGCGUUGGAGUUCACCUGACUCGGCAAAUCCUCACGUGAAUCGGGUGAUGAAAGGGUGCAUUGAGUGGCCCCGUAAUAUGCAGAAGAGCAGCCUGAAAUCAAAAUUAUUGGAGGCAAGGAUGGAAAGUCAAAAGAUCCAAUUACGACAAGUUCUUAAACAGAAGAUAUAGACAAGUGGGUUCCUGAUUGCUGCCAGCCUUCUUCGUCCGAAAACCAAAUGGAAAUCAAUAGCACUUCACCAACAAGGAAAGGAAUCCAUGUUCCAUUUGGUUAACUGAACAAGCAAAGGUUGGUGUGAAACAUGUCAAUGAAUGCACGUGAUCCGUCUUCAUGGACUCGCUCAUUUUUCAGCCUUAAAUUACCCUGGUAAGAUCUUCACGCCGCACCUUCCGCAACUUCCCAUGAAUAAUACCAUAUCAUCAAAGAGGGCCUGGUGGUUGCAGCCUGCUUGCUCCAUUAGUUGUAGCAUUUCUUAUGCAAGUGAUGUACAAGAUCAAACUAUAUCCCAUUGUACCAUUUGCCCAAAUUUAAUGACAAAAUCCUGCGCAAGAAAUCUGUUUCUUCUGACCUAAA